UUUUCGAAGCACAAUAUUUUCUUACAGGUCGCCACUGGUGUAAGGUCCUCUUAAUCGGCUACCAUGUGGUUCUGGAUCGCAAUUGGAGUGCUCAUUACUGUCACUUUGCUCACCACUUUGAGGAAUGGUGACAAAGACAAGCGUUUGCCGCCUGGUCCGAGUGGCUUGCCGAUACUCGGCUAUCUUCCGUUCAUCAAGGGACCGUAUCACGUUGCUUUCAAACAACUGAGCGAAAAAUAUGGGCCACUUGUAAGGCUCAGGCUCGGAUUCAAGGAUGUGGUUGUGCUUAACGAUCUUCCUUCAAUACGGGAGGCGCUUGCAAAUCCUGACGUGCUCUAUCGCCCCGACAAUUUCAUCUUCAGAGAACUUGGAUACAUUGGUAAGAUCUGUUGCUGGUUUUGGCAAUGGAUAUUAACCCACCGUGCGCAUGUUGAUCUGUUGGCGGAGUUCUUGAAUUUUCUUGAUACAGGCAUCUUAGCAAUGAAUGGAGAGCAAUGGCAAGUGAAUCGGAGAUAUUGCUUUCAUGCAUUACGAAACCUUGGCUUUGUGAGUACACCUAUGGAGAAACAUAUUCAGGCGGAAGUGCUACAUCUGGUCGAUCUUCUCUCCUCCGAAAAGGGAAAGCAUACUAUGGUGGCCCUACAUCUUGGGUCAAGCUUGGCCAACGUGAUUUCGGCACUGAUGUUCGGACAGCGCUUUCACUCUGAAGAACCCGGGGGUCGUUUCCUCGAGCGGCUAUCCACCAAACUCAUGCAUAGCGAAAGCUUCUUCUCAUUCAUGGACUUCUUUCCAGGGAUUCGGGCUUUGCUGGCUACAAUCCCUAAGACAAGAGUUUACACUAUGAAGUGCGUAAUGAAGGAGAUGGCACAGCUUGUGAAGGAUGAAGUAACAAAGCGGGAGGGAAAAUUAAACAAGCACGUCGAUGUGGACUUCAUUGACGGAUACUUAAAGAAGAUUCAAGGAGAAAGCACUGAUCGUCGUUACACUCUGCAAAACCUUCAAGGAAAUGUGGCCAACAUCUAUGGAGCAUCGACAAACCCGGUGCGCAGAACCAUCCUGUGGUGUCUGUACAUCGCAGCCGCAGAUCCGGAUGGUCACCAGGCCACUUUGCAACGUGAAAUCGACGCCAUUGUGGGUCACGAGAGGACGCCGCAAUGGGAAUACCGGCACCGCAUGCCAUUGACAAUGGCUUUCAUACUGGAGACGCUGCGCUGGAAGACUAUCUCACCCAUCAGCGUGCACAGAGUCGCAAAUAGGGACACCAUCCUGAGUGGGUACCACAUUCCCGCUGGUACCUUUGUGGUGCCCAACUUGUGGAGCCUUCACAACGACUCUACUCACUGGCGAAGGCCAGAAAUAUUUGAUCCGGCUCGAUUCCUGAAUGCUGGCGGUACUGAGAUAGAACAGAAGCCACAAGCAUUCCUGCCUUUCAGCCUUGGCAGGCGUGCGUGCCCUGGUGAGACUCUUGCCUUGACGGAAAUAUUUCUGUACGUGACAACUUUGCUUCAGAAGUUCCGAGUGCUUCCGGAAGAAGGCAAGCCCGUGUCGCUCGCAUCUGGCACGGCACCUAGGGCCACUAUCGAUCAUACACAACGACUACAGUUCGUAGCUCGGUGAUCAGCAGCAAUGUCUGCGUACGUCUAGGCACAGAAUACCCCUAUGAAGCUGCUGUCUUUAUCUAGCCAAUAACACGAACAAGGUUAUUAAAAAAAAAUCAAGCUCAAUAAAACAUCACAAAGAAAGAUAUCAACCACGGAAGUAAGAUAGUUAAGGGCUUGUUGGUAACCAUAGAUAAUGAUAACAAUCUGGGUAAUCGCGAGAUAGAAAGACAUAUUCCAACAUAACCCAUCUUCCGACGACUGUCGACGUUAAUGCGAUUAGCACGUAAGCAAUGUUACCACCACACCAUAUUGCCGAGGACAUCCCUAUUGAGACUCUGCAGUGGAGAUUUUCACUGCUUCGGCUAUAUGCGCCUGUUUGCGGGAUCGGCCCUCUUUGCUAUGACACUCGCUCGCAAGGGUCGGCCAUAGCCAUGGUGACAUGCCCACCUGUAUGAUGACGACACAGUGACGACGAUGGAAGGACGCAGAAGAAAUGCCGUAAACGUCCAUGAUGGAACGACGGAGGCGAUGUGACGAGGAUGGCAUGACGACAAUACGAUGAUUAUUCUGAAAUGAAGACAAUGGUAUAGCGACGACAACGUUAUGAUGACAGCAUCAGAACAAUGGGGCGAUGACUGUAUCACGACAUGGCGUGAUACAACCACUGCCAUUUUGGCCUCUUUGGAAUUUUAUAACAAAAUACGCACAUGGUAUAGUUACAUACUUAUUUUCUUAGUUUGCGAGAAAUUUUCCGAAGAUUUGUCAAAAUUAUUGUUCAACUUCAUCGUCUUAGCUAAAACGGCAAAACAAAAAAAAAAACUCCUGCUUUCGAUGUCAGUCAGAGGCAGUCGUUCAAAAACCAGUCUGGCAAUUUUUCAAAAACGUACUGUGGGUGACAUAAAUUUAUCUUCCUGUGGGCCAACAGUAUUAGUGGCGUAGAUUUAUAGAAAAAGAAUUUUGACGGAGUGCAAUGUGGUAGUUUUAGUUUGAUAGGCCCUUGAAUUUGUAAAAUCUGCAAGUCAUUAAAACGCUCUUUUCCACCUUUAGCGAAAUAAUUUUUCUUCUAGAAGCCGUGCUAAAGUUUCACAAAACGAAGAUGGAUUCCUUUCUAGAGAGACAUUUUCUGACCUGACACAAACAUUUUGCUGAACAUUAAUGACAGUCGGUACCUCCUUGGUUUGUCCUUAUCUGAAAACACCCAGCGCACAGUACUUCGGGAUCUAAAAGAGCCCUAUAGCACUGCUGUUGCGAUUUUUAAUGAAUGUUUCCUGAAGCUGUGCGCCAGGCAACUGGUAAGAACUGUUGCCUGCUUUUUUAACUUUAAUAUCGCGACAAGCUUUUCUGAUUGCCUUGCGUUCUGGCGAGGCUGAAAUUGACAGUCGAUUUCAGAUAAUGUUCUACAGCCUGCUUCAAAACAUGACUUCAGUAUCGGCCUCGACUGUUUCAUAAGAUUUCCUCUGUUUAACCUACCCAAAGGUGAGCUUGCGAAGUUUUUAUGAUAACACGCUUUAACGAGAGCCGCAUAAGCUUUUAAAGUUUCAGAGCACACUGUGCAUUUUCGUUACUUCAUAUUUUCACAGUGUUUGGUCUGCUGCCCUGAAAUAGAAGACAACGUGGCACUUGUAGUUGUGCUAACGCGGUUCGCAUUUGCAUAGAUACGAGUGUCAACGAAAUGUGAACGAAGUAUAACAAACAAAUAAAUAAAUAAAUAAAUAAAUAAAUAAAUAAAUAAAUAAAUAAAUAAAUAAAUAAAUAAAUAAAUAAAUAAAUAAGUUAUUUAGCAAUUAAUGGCGUACUAAAAAAAUUGACACGAGGCUGCACCAACUUCGAAAACAUUCUUCAUUAGCAGUCCGGCAUGACGCCACUAAUAUAAAUCCCUAUUCUGUUCUUUGCGCAGUAAAAGCCAUUUGAGCUUAGAAGCUUUCGGAUAUGCCUUGCGCCGUGACAAGCAAGUUCAUGGCCCGUAGUAGACGCCUGAGUCCUAAUAAUGACGCCCCCUUGCGGUGCGCAUUAUCCGCCUUGGUUAAAGCUAUUCAUUUGGAAGUGACGAUUGUAGUGAUCGCCACUCCUAUCCGAAUUUUCUACGAAGGUAACAAGCUGACUCUUCAGUGGAACAUAAAGAGCGUUACUGGCACGUUUCGUUAUGGCAUAACUGCACUCAGAGUCGGCGCAAUUAUAUACGAGCAUAACUUGAAAUAUAACGUGGAUGUAGAAUAAUAAAAGAUACCUUUCACGCGUGCUAGGUUUAGCGCACACGUGAGUCUGAGUUCAAAGCCCUUUGCUCGUAAGAGCUGUUUGUCAUCAGCCGCGAGAUCCUUUGCCAAGUCCCAUAUGACGACAGCAUGGCGCUGGUUCUUAAGAACAGUUGCGUAAAUACUUGUUUGUGAAUAAAUGUUUUGGGGUCUGAACAUGGGGCAGUAACAGAACGCUCUGUCGAAGUUGGUAUCACGCGAUGUAAGAAAAGCUGGAGAACAUGUUAUGAACCAGAGUUACAUUGCCUUAUGUAGCUCACAGCCUUACAUAUCUCACUGAGUUAUUCAGUUUUUUUCCGGAUGCGAUUGAAGAUUGGAAGACACGGAAGUUGGGAAUGCUUUUGGUAUUUGCUAUUACAAAUACACUUUACAUAAAUAAUUUCAAGAAUGUAUUGUGGUACUAAUUCUAUGUGCGUACCACGCUUCUUUUUUGUCCUCCACUUAAGAGACCUCUGUAGAGGCUCGACAGCUGUGAGAAAUAAUAAAAUUGUCA